ACAUUACCCAAACUGUUUCAUGAUAUUUGCAGGGUGGAACAAAGCAAAUAUAUACAAUAGAUGGAAUAAACCGGUGACUCUUGCAUUCUCCUUACGUGAUGCUUUAGACAAGUUAGCUGAACAAGUGAAUGUAAAUGCGGAAUCAAAGAAACAGUUUAGAUUAUCUUGCUGUAAGGAGGAAGGCAAUUCAAAACGCAGUGUGGAUUCAAGGAAGGAGAUGACGAUCAAUGAUCCCGUGUACUUGGAAUAUUUUAAUAAGGCAAAAGAAGAGGGCGCGCGUUUGGUCAACCGGGGUCGAGUAAUGAUCGUUGGUCAAUACGGCGUGGGUAAAACUAGUCUCAUGAAGCGUUUACUUGGUCAGGGUUUUAGUGAGGAAUACAAUACGACUGAUGGUAUAGAUGCAUCGUCGAUUGAUAUUAAGACAACACAAGGGUUCGAGUUUGUGGAGGUAACUGAUGACAUUCAGAAAACAUAUGAUGAGGCAAUUGCAAAAGAUGUAGUGCAAUCUGAUACAGAUCAAAAAUCUGGUACCACCAGAUCAAUGGCUCUUCGGAACGUCUCUUCUAAUGCUCCAUCAGAUACGUUAGAACCUGAUGCUGUCCAAGAUAACAUUUCCGAAAGUAAACAGGAACAAGUGAUGGACUUAGAAUCUGAUGAUCCUAAAAAGCCUGAUGCUGCCUUGGAUAACAUUCACGAACGUAAACGACAAAAGUUGAUAGACUCAGAAUCUGUUGAUGUUAAAAAGCCUGAUGCUGCCUCAAGUAUCAUUCCCAUACCUAUACAACACCAAAUAAAGGAAUUAGAAUCCGAUGAUGUAAAAAAUCA